AUGAGGGCGGACAUGAUCGUUGAAGAUCCUGUGAAAAAGCAACUGAAGGAAGUGGUAAAGAAGGAAGAGCAGAUGACAGUUAUUGCUGAAAGUGUCACAGAAACAUCGGUGAUCGCCAGCAGCGUCACUAUGGUUUCUGUCACCACUUCAACGGAGCUGGACGUGCGUUACACCGUCACCCAGGCCAAGUUUGGCGUCGUGGAGACCAAAGACGAAGCCGGAGCCUGGUGUGCGGCUACAAACGACGACAAACAGUUCCUUCUCAUCGACUUGGAGCAGGAGAAGCUCGUCACCGGGAUCGUUACACAAGGCAGAAACUCCAGUCCGGACUGGCCGGACGGACCGACUAGCCACUGGGUCACGUCAUACACACUGUCGUACGGACUGGAGAAUGGAGACGAAAACCAGUAUAAUGACGCUGAUGGACAGCUUUUGGUUUUCGACGGCAACAAAGAUAGAGACACUCCUGUGACUCACAACUUGGCAGACUUCAAUGGACCGUUCAAAGCUCGAUACGUGAAGAUCCAUCCCGUCACGUGGAACGAUCACAUCUGCAUGCGGGCAGACAUGAUCGUGGAGGACGAGGUGAAGAAGCAGGUGAAAGAGGUUGUCAAACAGGACAAAAUGAUGACAGCUAUCGCCGAGAGUGUAACCGAAACGUCCGUCAUGGCUAGCAGCAGCAUCACCGUCUCUGUCACGACGUCUACCGAGCUGGACGUGCGUUACACCGUCACCCAGGCCAAGUUUGGUGUCGUGGAGACCAAAGACGAAGCCGGAGCCUGGUGUGCGGCUACAAACGACGACAAACAGUUCCUUCUCAUCGACUUGGAGCAGGAGAAGCUCGUCACCGGGAUCGUUACACAAGGCAGAAACUCCAGUCCGGACUGGCCGGACGGACCGACUAGCCACUGGGUCACGUCAUACACACUGUCGUAUGGACUGGAGAAUGGAGACGAAAGCGAAUACAAGGACGCUAAAGGAGAACUUCAAGUCUUCAACGGAAACACAGAUACGGAUACGCCAGUGACCAACAGUUUCGACCAGUUCAAUGGAAGCUUCAAAGCACGCUACGUCAAGAUUCACCCAGUCACGUGGAACGAUCACAUCUGCAUGAGGGCUGACAUGAUUGUUGAAGAUGAGGUGAAGAAGCAAGUGAAGGCAGUUGCCAAGACAGAGGAAAAGAAGACCGUCAUUGCAGAAUCCAUUUCUGAAACGUCCGUCAUGGUAAGUAGUACCACAACAGUGUCUGUCACGACCUCCACGGAGCUGGACGUGCGUUACACCGUCACCCAGGCCAAGUUUGGCGUCGUGGAGACCAAAGACGAAGCCGGAGCCUGGUGUGCGGCUACAAACGACGACAAACAGUUCCUUCUCAUUGACUUGGAGCAGGAGAAGCUCGUCACCGGGAUCGUUACACAAGGCAGAAACUCCAGUCCGGACUGGCCGGACGGACCGACUAGCCACUGGGUCACGUCAUACACACUGUCGUAUGGACUGGAGAAUGGAGACGAAAACGAGUACAAGGACAAGAAGGGAGAACUUCUGGUCUUCAAGGGUAACGAAGACACGGAUACGCCGGUCACCCACGCCUUUGCCGACUUUAACGGACCGUUCAAAGCGCGUUUUGUGAAGAUCCAUCCCAAGACGUGGUACGACCACAUCUGCAUGCGAGCUGAGAUGAUCGUAGAAGAUGAGAAGAAAAAACUGGAAGUGUCAAAGGUCAAAACCGAGGCCAUCAUGACGUCAAUCACGGUCAGCGUUUCCAUGGUGACCGUCGUGGCCACGGUGACGUCAUCAGAGAUGAGCGUUCACCACGCUGUGUCGCACUCCAAGCUGGAAUGCGUGGAAACGGCGACGGAGGCUGGGGCUUGGGUUGCCAAGACAAGCGACGAGAAACAGUGGGUGACGUCAUACACCAUCUCCUACGGAGUGGAGAACGGGGAUGAGACUGAGUACAAGGAUGAGAACGGGCAGCUGGUGGUGUUCGAAGGAAACGUGGACCGAGACUCGGCCGUGGUGCACUCCUUCGCCGAGUACAGUGGCACGUUCUACGCGCGGUUCGUCAAGAUCCGCCCUGUCACCUGGCAUGAACACAUCGCCAUGCGAGCCGAGAUAGUGUGUGAUGACGGUCAGUAA